CCUAGUAGAGUUAGGAACCUUCCUUCAAGCCCUCCACUACUUAAACCUAGUCAGUGUUCCUUCGUUUCCUCGACGCAGCAAGCUUGCUACACUCCGACUCCGCGAUCCACCAGCCGCACACCAAUAAAUCUAUCACCAUGGCCGACGCCUUAGAUUGCGAACUCGCCGGCGGCGGCGGCGCGGGGAAUGUCUUGAAGGACAAAACUCCGAUUUCUGUCAUCCCGCGCCGGACCGUGGGGACGCAGAUGGUGAUCGAAGGUGGAGAUGAGGACGCGGCCCAACAAGGGCAAGGGCACGGUGCUGGCGUGGUGUUGCAGCGCGAGGAGGAGGUGGAGCAACAGCUUCUUCUUCAGCCGAAUAUUAAAGCAGCACAUCAGAAGAUGAAGACCGACAUGUCCGCAACCGCCGCGAACCCGAACCACCUAUCACACAGAAAAAAACUGGCAGGGCAUAUUUGUCAUGCAAAAAUCAAUACACAAAAAAAAACUGCACUGCAAAUCCGAAGUAGCAUGCUAUGGGGCCACCCAUGACAAAUUUUAGCGUGUAUCUAUGUGUUUUUGCAUUACAAAUAUGCCCUGCCAGCUUUUUUUUCUCUGGGAUACCACCACUUCAACGCUUUCGACGCCGAGCACCUCUCCAAAUUGCCCGACCAGAACAUGUUGGACGUCGGUGUGAAGGACAGAAACAACGAUGCUACAUUGAUCUUCAAAACUACUACGUCCUCUUCAGAACAACGCGACCAGAUCGACCUAACAUCCUUCCCCAACAUUGGCGAACUCAAGCUGUUACGAAAUGCAAAAGUAUCGUACGAGUAGAAAGCGCAUGACAAAUUUUCUCAGCAUGAGAAAUAAAAUUUGUAAUGGGGAUCUUCUGACUUGAGAGAUGAGACAUUUGUGAUGCAUUACUGCGAUAAUUAGUACGAGUACGAUACUUUUGCAAUGCAUACCUGUCCGAGCUUGAUGAGUUAGACCCCCAGUUUUCUCCCUCCUCCCACGCGUCGCUUUUCUCGAGCAAAUUACGACAGUGCACAACUCCCCCUCCCCCUCAUUUGUCAUGCAAAAUACCAAAUCCGGUCGGUGCCUUGUGGCAUUGCUUGCAUGACAAAUUUCGGAAGCCCAAACUAACAGUACAACUCACUGUAGUACUGUUUGGGCCCCCGAAAUUUGUCAUGCAUGGGCUCCACGUGUGUGGGUGUGUGUAUUGCCGUGCACAAUGCUAUACAAAUGAGGGGGAGGGGGAGCCUUGCACUCUCAUACAAAUCCGAGAACAACCAGAAAUCCCCGUACACCGCCGCGGUGAUCCGGAACUCCUUGAAGCCGGAGUUUUUUGUCGAGAACAACGUUCUGGAGAUAUCCUCAGUAAAAACGUACCCACACCAGAGUUGUAAUGCAAAUCUGCAUGCUGAAAAUGUUUCUCAUGCGGAGCCCCAUGAGAAGCAUUUUCUAGUCGUUUUUUGCAAUUUGUCAUGCUCCAAUCAGCAUGGUAUGCUAGAUCUGUGAUGCUGCUGAGCUAGCUCAAACAGCACUACACUACGAAUCCAAAUUUGUCAUGCAAAACAGCCAAAACUUGUGGAUUUGUCUAGCCGAUUCCCCAUCUUGACUAUGGUGUGGGUACGUUUUUACUCAGGAUAGGAGAAGGAAAUAACCGACGAUGUGCUCGAGGAAGCGUUGGAAGAGCUGUCUGAUGAGGAGGAGUAUGCAUCGCAAAAGUACUAUCGCACUCGUAUAAGUGCCAGACUUGCAUGACAAAUCUGGUUUCUUAGGUGAUUCAGCAUGACAAAUUCCACUUGUCACGUUGAGCAAAUUUCUUAUGCGAUUCAUACAACAAGUGCGACUACGAGGAUACUUUUGCAAUUCAUAAAGAGCGGGUGCGGAUCAAACUCGGGCACCAACCGUCCGUCUCCCGGCUGGGGAGCAUUCUGGCGUCGAAGCUGUCGGCCGGGGGAAGUGUGAAGAGCAGCAGUGUGGCGGGCAGCAACGAGGAUCCGAUGGAGACCACGAGUCACAACGACAAUGUCAGCCCGAUGUCGUCCAAAUUAUUUGUAAAGAACAUGAUGGAAGUCGAAGGUGAGGAAGAUGAACAAGAAGUUUCUCAUGCUGGUUUCAACAUCAACGCAGGCAGAAGUGCCAUGAAAAACACGAAAAUGCCCACCUCCACGCCGAACACCUCCGCGACGAUGCUCUCCAACUACGCGAAUUCCACCGGUUUGGCGGCGCCGGAUUCGAUGUUAGGUGGGGCGAAGCUGUUUCCCGAGGGCACGGACGUCGGAGUAAGAACGGAUCUUGACUCUGCUAAGGAGAACGCUUUGUCCGGCCUCCUUAACAAAAAACCCUCGUCCGGUUCGUCUACUUUGAAGAGCGAUCUGUUGAACAGCAUCGAACCGCUGAAUUUUGAGAAGAAGGGAAUGCUGUCGCAAUCCCCACCGGCCAGUGAUAAAAUGGACGUGGAGAAGUUGUCGCAGAGCAGUUGCAGCAUUGAGGAUGGAAUCAACAAAUCCAACGUCGUCUCCCCGGCGGAAUCGAUCAAACCACCGGCGAAAAAGCAGAAGUUUGUUGGGGAACAACUGGAUCAAACAAACGAUGAGUCCUUACCAGUACUACACUCCGAAGAUGUAUUGUCCAGCGCGCUGUUGCAGAAUCCGAAAAAAACUUCCCCCAUUUCCAACCCGACUUUCAUCACCGCCUCGGGAAAACAACCCGAUGUGAAAACUACUCCCUUCAAACCAGUCUCGUCGCCGGUGCUGAGCAAGAAAAGUGCUGAUGCUGUGGCGAACAAAGAUACCAGCUCUGCUUCUUCUUCUGUUUUAGUUGCUGUUGCACACAAUGAGAUGAAAGGAGAGCAGGAUCUAGCAGCAGAAACCGCCCAUCAACCGGUUUUGACAGUUGUCGUCGAGAGCAAAACCGAUGCAGCGCUGAAGCAGAAGCAGUGGAGCCAGGCGUCGGACGAAUUAGAACUGCAGGACGACGAGCAUACCAAAAGUAAAACCACUUCUAGCUGCGGUCACGUUGCUGCUCCUGCCUCCGCAAGUACAGUUGUCACUGCUUCCACCAUCUUUAACGACCAACUCCUGACCAAUGGCUUUUUCAAACCCGGACAGAUCGUGGAGGUUUUCGGGGAAUCCGGUUCGGGGAAGACCUCUUUCCUCGCGCAGCUCGCGGUUUCCUUCGUCGUCGCAGUCCGCCUGUCGCCGCCGGGGAUGCCCAGUCCGGCGCCGAGAAAGCAGGUUCUCGGUGUGAAUGGCAGCAGUAGUCCUGCUCCGAUAAUUGAGAAGAACGUCGGAAGUGCAGCUUCAACAAGCGGUCCAGCGGCACAGCACCAAACCAACGGUAUGAUGAACAACAACAAUUUGAGCCAGGUGUUCGUCUUGGAGUCCAGUUCUUCAAACGGAGCGUUUUUGAAACGGGUGAGUUUGUCCGGAAAUCACCUGCUGAAAUACAUCAACUAUACGGAAGUAAAGGACGCGAAUAACGCGACCGGCUCAGGAGCUGCUGGCGCAGGGAAUGUGGUCACAAUCCUGCAAUCGUUGUUGCAGGUUGUCAAGCCGGUGGAAGUGGGUCAUGCUGGGAAGGAGGUACUAUAUCUGCGAAAAAUAAAAAUUUGUUCUCGAUGCAUAUCAAAUCAAGAACAAGAACAUGCGGCGACUUUGUUCUCGAUGCCAAGAUCAAACACGUAAAAAAAUCACAGGUCCACCAGCCGCACCAGCUUCUGAUCUUGGAAAACUUCAUGGAUUUGGUUUCCAAACAGAAGCAAAACGUACAGCAAGUGUUUUCGCUGCUGCAGAAACUGGCGGACGAGGGAAAAUUAACGGUGGUUUUGUCAAAUCAGGUGCGCAACAAGUUUUCUUCUUCUAGCAAUACUUCUUACACUGCUGGUGCAACAACUUCUUCAGUUGCUGCUUCCACAAUGUCAAGCUUCAACCAGCACGACACCAACGUCACCCUCGACUCGGUCGGCGGACAGCAGGUGGCCAGCCGGGUGCACACCAGAUUGCAGUUGAGGAAAGUUGAGGGAAGUGUUGGCCAACAUGUUUUCCCUUCUACAACAAUGAACCAGUUUGGCGCCUCCACAACCAGCGCCGGCUCUUUCAGCGCUACAACCUUUCGGAAGAUGGAGUUGGUGAAGGACACUUUGAGCUGCAGUGGCGGAGAAGGGGGUCGUCCAGCAGCAGAAAACGAGAAGUUCGCUAGCGCAGCAGCUGCGGAGAAGAAGGUUUUUCUCGAUUUGCGGAUCACGAACCAGGGAGUCACGUUUUCGCAGUGAUAGAGAGGACUGGAAGCAGGAUGAGGUUGUGGAGGGUAAGCGGAAAUAUGUUGUGUAUACAAAAAAUAAAUCAAUUAUCACUGAACUUGCAGUACGAGCAGGUGCAGGCGCUGUAGUUGCAGCAGCUAAUAAAAUAUCGAUGCGUCGAUACCACGGAAUGUCGAUAACGAUUAAGAAGACAAAGUAAAACUGAAAGUUGCAGGAGCUGCAACGAUGUUGAAUACGAAAAAUUUCGUUUGGGGAUUUAUAAUUAUCAUCGCUCAACAAAAAUGAAUUUUGUACAACCACUACAGAAAUAUCUUCUUCCACCUUAUGUCCAGCAUAGUGAGGCAGUGGCUACUUUGUAGGUUCCUGCAAGUGGUUCGUCCCACCGUCAUCUUCAUGACGAUCGGGUCAGCAUGUUGUUUUACAUCAUUUUUAUGGUUCAGAAACUUUGCGAUGAACGCCAAAUAAAAAAUUGUCGUCUCAUCGUCAAGACGCCGACGAUUCCGGAACCUCGCAGCUACCUCGUUGCAAAGAUUUUAUUUGCGCGGGAGACAUACUUACGACAUCGCACGAUUUAGAAGUUGAAACCGGAGCCAAAAAUAAUUUCGUUUUUCAAACAUGCGCAUGCCUGGUGUAUGAAGCAAAAAUGCACGACUCUCUCCUGCAGACAGCACAAGAGUUUUUCAAUGAACAGAUACCAGCAGCACGACUAUCGACGCUUCCGCUUGAAUUAUUCCCUAGAAGAUGCACAUUACUAAAAACAUUGAUGAAUCUGAAAAGUUUUGACUUUUUUGAGUUAUUCGUGUCUGCAUAGAUGCAUCCUUAUGAACGGAGCGAGGUGUCGUGCCGUCAACACUUCCGCGUUAUUUUUAGGAACAACAUCAAAGUUAUCUCAACAUCUUGUCAGGAAAGGGCUUUCUAUGCUAGUUUCCCCAAGGGAAGAGGAAGAAAACGGUGUCAGAAAAUUUUCAAUUGCUUUCACACAGUUUCACUAGCUAUCAUUGAUUCACAUGAUCUCUACAGCUAAGGCUAACAGCAUCUUCAUUUACUUCUGAGAAACCAAAAUGAAUACGACUGACCCAAAGAGGAGCAGAAUGCCUUGUAUCUAUUUGGUUUCCACAGUCGUCGUGAGGGGUGGAUUUAUUCAACGGUGCGCAGACAACUUCUCGGCGGUUUUACAACUCUUUUACACUUUUUUGGAAAAAAUGAAUCAGAAUACGACAGACCAUGAAGAGUGACUUGACUAUUCCAGCAGCAUGCAGG